AUGGGAGAGGCAGCAAUCAAAUCGCAUAUGAAAUCAAGCAAGCAUGUACAGCUUGAUAAUAAGUCUUCUGAUUGCAUGACUGUUGCCUCUCUGUUCAAGAAAGCUGUUGUGCCUACUGUAACCCCUUCACCAUCGGCAGCCGCAGCAUCCCAGCUUGAAGUUACAGCUGUAGCUGAAAAGUCAUCAUUACCCUGUCCUGGUCCAUCAACUUCGAAGUUGCCACAGGCUCAAACCACAAUGAAAACUCAUGUCACCAGUGAGCAAACAUUGUCUGCUGAGAUUUUAUGGGCCUUAAAAGCAGUAUGUUCGCAUUAUUCAUUUAACAGCUGUGCAGACAUUUCUAGCCAUUUUUAUCGAAUGUUUCCGGAUAGUGAAAUUGCUAAGAAGCUUUCCUGUGGGCCGGAUAAAAUGGCAUACAUGGUGUCUUUUGGACUUGGGCCAUAUUUUCAUGAGUUGCUGAAGGCCAAACUUAAAAGUUUAGAUGAUGGUUUCAUCCUUUUGUUUGACGAGGCCCUCAAUCGGGAGCUCAGCAAGAAACAGAUGGACAUACACGUUAGACAUUGGGAUGAUGACAAGGUCAUUACAAGGUAUUAUGGGUCUGCCUUCCUGGGACAUGCAACAGCUCAAGAUAUGUUUCAAAAAAUAACAAGUCUUUUUGACUUUGACCAGAGCAAAGUUGUUCAAAUCUCCAUGGUUGGACCCAAUGUCAACUGGGCUUUACUGAAACUGCUCUCGGCUGAGUUAAAACAUGUUUCUGCAAGAGGUUUUAUCGACAUUGGUAGUUGUGGUCUGCACACCAUACACAAUGCCUUUCGUUCUGGGCUUGUGGCAUCUAAAUGGGAGUUAAGUCACUUCUUCUCCUCUCUCUCAUGGUUGUUUAAAGAUACUCCAGCACGCCGUGAAGACUACACGAGACUCACUGGUAGCAGCGAUUUCCCCCUGGAUCAUUGCCCACAUCGCUGGGUGGAGAAUGUUAUGGUAGCAGAGAGGGCAUUAAAAGUUUGGCCACACGUCAAGCAAUUUAUAAAAUCCCUUUUGGCAGAAAAAAAAAGCACCAAACACCAAGUCUUUUGAAUUUUUGCAGAAUUGUUUGAAUGACCAUUUUUUAACUGCAAGGAUUGAGUGUUUUGUUUCAAUUGCCAAGACUUUGCAGCCAUUCCUUAAAAAAUUUCAAAGCGAUGCCCCCAUGCUGCCAUUCAUGGCACAUGAGCUUUUUAACCUUUUGCGAUCCCUGCUUCAGAGGUUUGUUGCACCAGAAGUUUUCAAGAAAGAAUGCUCAUCAGUUGCAACACUGCUGUGUUUAGACAUGUCAACAACAAAAAAUCUUUUACCACCGUCUGAUGUUGACAUUGGUUUCAAAUCCAAAGCUGCAGUCAAAGAAAUUAAAACUAAAGUGAGCCAAAGGGAUAUUUUCCAAUUCCAGAUGGAAAGCAGGGAUUUUUUAAAAGCAGUUGUGACAAAGAUUAUAGACAAAACACCCAUUAAGAACAAGAUUGUUCAGAAUUUGGAUUGGCUGCAACCCAAAUGUAUUGUUAAUGAUUGUCAAGCUUGUGUCAAGCAGUUAGAAAAUGUAAU